AUGAACUUCAUGUCUUUGCUACUCAAAUAUCAGUUAUUCACAUUCAUUUUCACUAUCAUAUUCAUACCCUUAACCAAAGUUAGUUGCUUAUAUUUCAAUUUCCCAACUUUCCAACCAAGUGAUGAAUCCAAAUUGAUACUAAGCAAAAACUCAAAAAUAUACUUAGAUGCCAUCCAAAUAACCCCAGAUAUCCGUGGUGAAAUAAAGAAUUAUUCUGGACGUGCUUUUUACAAUAAGCCGUACACACUUUGGAAUAAGAAAAACAACAAAAUAGCUUCUUUCAACACCACUUUUGUUCUCAACAUAAGUCCUCAAACUUCCCCCGGCGGAGAAGGUAUAGCCUUUAUCUUAACAGCAGAUACAGCUCUCCCUGAAAACAGUCAAGGAGAAUGGUUUGGUAUUGUAAAUGCUUCUACAAACGGAACUUCUCGACCCGGAAUUCUCGCAGUAGUGUUCGAUACACGACAAAGUUCAACACAAGACAGUCCUCACAACCAUGUUGGAAUCAACAUAAAUAGCAUCUCGUCGUUGAAAGAAGCAUCGCUAUCGAACACUAAGGUCAAUCUUUCAUCUGGUAUAAAUGUAACACUGAGAAUUCAAUAUUCAAAUGAUAUAAUAUCUGUUUUUGGUUCUAUGAGUGAAAAUUCAUUAGAUUCUAUGGAGACACUUUUGGUUUCUCCGCCUCUUAAUCUAUCUUCCUAUCUUAAUCAAGAGGUUUACGUCGGUUUUUCUGCUUCAACGAGCAAUUACACGCAGCUAAAUUGUGUGAAAGCGUGGGAAUUCAAUGGUUUAGAUAUUGGUGAUGAUAAAAAAUUUCUCGUGUUGAUUUGUAUCGUAGUUCCGGUUGUGAUAAUCGUCUGCGGUUUAGUCUUUUUCCUUGUUUAUUUCCGAAGAAAUAAAAACACGGAGAUUUCAGAAGAUGCAUAUCCAAGAAUAGAGGAUCAAAUUCAACACUCAUCUAUGGCUCCAAAGAAAUAUGAAUUAAAGGAACUAAUAAAAGCAACAGGUGCAUUCAGCCAUCAGAACAAGCUUGGCCAAGGUGGAUUUGGAACUGUAUAUAAGGGCGUCCUUGGAAACAACAAAGAGAUAGCAGUGAAGAGAGUCUCGAAGAAUUCGCGUCAAGGAAAGCAAGAAUUUAUAGCAGAAGUAACAACAAUUGGAAGCCUUCACCACAAAAACUUAGUGAAACUCAUUGGUUGGUGCUAUGAGAAAAAAGAGCUUCUUAUUGUUUAUGAGUUCAUGCCAAAUGGAAGCUUAGACAAAUACCUAUUCAACCAAUCCAAUGAUGAAUUUGAAUCGCGUUAUUCAAAAUUACUUGAUUGGAAUACAAGAAAUAGUGUGAUCCGCGGUGUGGCGCAAGCAUUGGAUUAUCUUCAUAAUAAUUGUGAGAAAAGAGUACUUCAUAGAGACAUUAAAGCAAGCAACAUUAUGUUGGACUUAGAUUAUAAUGCGAAAUUGGGUGACUUUGGAUUGGCACGGACAAUACAAAAGAGAAAUGAAACUCAUCAUUCAACAAAGGAAAUUGCAGGAACCCCGGGAUAUAUGGCACCGGAGACUUUUUUAACGGGUAGAGCGACAGUGGAAACGGAUGUGUAUGCAUUUGGUGUUCUUGUUUUGGAAGUUGUGUGUGGAAAAAGACCAGGAAAUAUGUAUGCAGAAGAUGAUUAUAAAAAUAGUAUUGUGUAUUGGGUUUGGGAGCAAUAUGGAAAGGGUAGAAUUGUUAGUGUUGUUGAUAAAAGGAUAAGUGGUUGUGAAAAGGACGAGAUUGAGAUGGUGAAAUUGGAGGAAGAAGUUGAAAUUGUGCUUAUCCUUGGGUUGGCUUGUUGUCAUCCAAACCCAAAUGAAAGGCCAUCAAUACAAGCUGUUUUGAUGGUUCUAAAUGGAGAAGCUUCUCCUCCAAUUGUUCCAAUGGAAAGACCUUCUUUUGUUUGGCCCGCUAUGCCGCCUUCAUCGUUCAAAGAAGGUGAAGAUAGUUCUUUUAUCAGUGGAACUCUCAAUCCAUUCACUCAAUUAAGUGGCAGAUAA